AUGAAUAAAACUCUAACCAUCGAAUUAGUUGAUGGGAGAAAACAAGAAACCAACCAAGAAGCACUUCUUAAUAAUCCUGAGAUUGGAGAUUAUAGAGCUAAAUGUAUUAAAGCUCAAGUGAUUAAUCUCAAUCAACCUGAAUGUAAUUCUGUAUUUAUUACAAGGCAACAAUUUAUGAGAAUACCUUCAAAUGAAAAACUGUUUAGUUUAUAUCCAACUGAAGAAAAAACUUUUAAUGGGAAAUAA